AUGGAUCAGUCGGAAGACAUGAAUCCUAGAACACAAGCCAUCCAUCUGGAUGGAAGGACUCUGGAAGGAGGGGGCCAACUCGUGCGAAUUGCCGUCAGCCUUUCGGCUUUAACAGGCCGGCCUGUCAUUAUUGACCAUAUUCGAGGCAACCGAUCAGGGAAGCAAGGGCUCAAAGGCUCACAUCUUGCCGCGAUCACAUACCUCGCCCGUGUGAGCGGAGGCUCUGUCGUGGGUGCAGAGCUAGGAUCGACGUCAUUAAGCUUCUAUCCACGAGCAGUCCAGAUGCCAAGAGAUCGAGACCAUGAGCGGGGAGGAGCGAUCGAAUCACAUAUCAACAUUGCACUUAGAACAGCAGGUUCGGUGUUUCUAGUGUUCCAAGCACUAUAUCCUUAUAUGCUGCACGCGGGAGCCAAUUCUCCCAUUCCCGAGCGCCAGAUUACUCUAUCCAUUGUCGGUGGGACCAAUGUGUCGUUCUCGCCGUCAUACGAUUACGUGGCGCAGGUUUUAGUGCCUAAUUUCGCCAGAGUGGGAUUGCCUCACCUUUCUGUGCAGCUAAUCAAACGGGGAUGGGGGUCGGGCCCUUUCAGCUUGGGAAAGGUGACUCUUAUUGCGGAUCCGCUCACGUUGUGCGAAGAUGGCAAUAAAGCCGGGUCGAGCCCUCAGUUUCCACCCAUAGACGUUGCUCAAUAUCAGCGUGGGACAAUCAGUCAGAUUGAAAUUACCAUUUUAGCCCCCGACGAUCCGUUCCCAAGGAGCACAGAGAGAGGCGUCCACGGCAAAGGAAGAAAUCGAAGACCUGGUGGGACGCAAUCUCGGAAACAUAUGUCAAGGGCGGGGGGGAACAGCGAUGGUUUACCGAACGCCACUCUAACAAUUCGCCAAUUUGUCGAAGACGAAAUCUUCCGGAGCCUCUGCAAGGGGUUAGGGAAAUUACCAUCGUCUGUUUUCACCUCCGGACUAUCGUCCUCCAGUGCCGCUGUCCAGCAUCCUCACACAGAGAGCGAUGACAACGAUAUUCCUAUCAACAUACAUACGACUGAGGCCACACACCAUUACUCGCACGUAUACAUACUUAUUGUAGCACAUACAUCGACAGGAUUCAGGGUGGGACAUGAUGCGCUCUUUGGCGUCAACGGCGAUCCCGGUGCGCGACAAGCGCGGCAUAAGUCACGGAACGGUCCGGAGGAGGCGGCAAUGGUGGUGAAAAAUUUGGUGGAGCAAUGUGUAGACGGAUUCUUAGAAGAAUUGUAUGAUCCUCGCCUGCAGCAAGGUUCUACCCCCGUGGAUAGGGAGGAAUAUCCCCCUUGUGUGGACAAGUAUUCAAGAGAUCAAUUGGCGGUCUUUGAGGCACUGGGAAGAUCAGCAUCUCAACCGAGCGAUGACGGCGGCGGUGGGAAGGAAGAUGAACGAUAUUGGAGUCUUCACAUGCAAACGGCGCGUUGGGUCUGUGAAGAAAUGCUGAGUAACCAGGCACAUGACAUGAAGCAGUUACAUCAAGCCCCAAGGUCAAGUACAUUGGAAGGAAAUGACAACGCGAAACAUCCAGUCAUAUAA